GUGACGCCCAACGGAGAGGACCUUUGUUGACAGCUCCUGAGGAAUCUCUGUGGCCGCUAGAAUGCUGUGCUCCUGUGUCCGGGCGGUGGUGACGGCGGUGGUGGUGUCCAUGGUGGUGACGAUAGCGGUCGCGGAAGCUGAUCCAGACCCAACUUUCGGCCGUCCUCAGCCGCCUCCCUGCUACCCCAAGGUUCACUACGUCACCAAGUACCAGACCAAGUACCAAGAGGUGCCCGUGUACAUGACCGUCUACAAGGAUCGGUACGUGCCCACCACUUACUACGAGACCGUCUACAACACCUUAUACAAGACCCAGUACAAGACCGAGUACGUGCCCGAGUACGUCACGCAAACCAAGUACCAGACCAAGGUGGACUACCAGACGAAGUACCAGACCAAGUACGAGACCGAGUACGUCCCCACCUACGUCACCUCCACGCAGUACCAGAACAAGUACGUCACCGAGACCGAGUACCAGCCCCAGUACGUGACCCAGACCCAGUACCAGACCAAGUACCAGACCGAGUACGUGCCGGAGUAUGUCACGAAGACCGAUGUGAAGUACGAAACGAAGUAUAAUACGGAGUACGUGCCCCAGUACCACACCGUUACCAAGACCCAGCAGACCUACAAGACGGUGUGCCCCAAGCCUUCCUACGACGGCGGGUACGGUGGUGAUUCUGGUGGGUACGAUAACGGGUACGAUUCCGGGUACGAUUCUGGGUAUGAUUCUGGGUACGGCUACUGAGGAAGAGGAAGUAGAAGUGUAAAUUAAAAGGCUCAAUUAAGAACCAAUGAACGUAGAUUUAAGCAUAGCUAUUUUUGUUACUUGUUGAAAUAAAGUUAUGUUUGCCAAAGUUGGGGUUAUUUUUCUUAUUCAAUGAUUUCCUUACUAGUGUUUUCAUGGUAGUUGAUUUUUAUCCUU